UAUUUUUAUUUUCUUCCAUUUCUCCAAUUUUUGCUUCCAUCUCUCCAAUCUCCUCAUCUCUUGAAACAUUUUUCUCUCCCUCAUCAACAUUAACAAGCCAAUAAUCAAUUUUAAUUAUUGUAAUGAAACAUUAAAUAUAAAUAGCAAAUGAAAACGGAUGUGAAAGUAGUCCUCAAGUUUGCACCAUUUUUAGAAACAUUUACUAAAAGUUUGAAAUAAGAAAUAAUAAUAGUUAUCAAAUAAAUUUAUUUCUCAAAAAAUGAAAAAUGAGAACGCUAUCAAACAGAUCAAUAGUUUUUUUUUUCUUCUUUAAGAAUUUAAGAGUAUGAAGUCUAUCGGUAAAUCACUAAUAAUAUGUUUUCAUGGAUAACAUGCUAUCAGUGAUACUAUGAUAUCAUGCUAUCAAUGGAAAUUUUUAUGUACGAGGAGUCAUUUCAUCUCAAAUACUACAUUACAUAAUACAUAAAUACUAUCAGUGAUAUCCUUUCCAUUAAUAGCAUUAGAAAGAUAGCACUGACAAUAGCUAUCAAUGAUAUCCUUUAUGACUAUCAACAUAAAAAGAUAUUAUUUUAUACUUAUAUGCAUCAAUAACGCCAUAAAAACACACUACAUGUAUCAACAAAUUAAUCAAAAGACCUCGAUUAUUUACAAACAAAUAUAACAUGAUAUCAUCGGUGAUAGCAAUUGAUAGCCAAUUUCUAAAAUUGAAAACUAUAACUAAUAGCAACAUCACUAAUAACAACUAUCAAUGAUAGCAACUAAUAAUCAAAUUGAAAGCUAGCAAUUGAUAGCUACUAUUAAUGAAAUUCACUAAUAGCAACUAUUAAUAAUAUUUGUCGAUAGCAGCAUCAUUGAUAGUAACUGAUAGCAGCUAUUAGUCAUAGCAACUAAUAGCACAUUUCUUAAAUUGAAAAUUAUCAUUGAUAGCAGUAUCACUAAUUACAACUAUUAGCGCUAGCAACUAAUAGUAUGCUUCUCAAAUUGAAAGCUAUCAAUGAUAGCAAUUAUCAGUGAUAUUCACUAAUAGUAGCUAACAGUGAUAGCAACUGAUAGUAUAUUUCUCAAAUCGAAAAGCUAACAUUGAUAGCAACUACCGGCGAUAACCACCUCAUAGCAACUAUCAAUGAUAGCCACUGAUAGCACACAUCUCAAAUCAAAAGUUAUCACUGAUAGCAACUAUCAAUAAUAGCUUUCAAUUUAAAAAAACCAGGAGACAACGCGCAAAAUGGUAGUUAGGUAUGAGUUUUUUUGUCUUACCAUUUUUUGUUCUAUAUAUACAAUUAUUUUAUCCUUAUACUACAUAUUUUAUUAUUUUGGGUUUGAUUUCCAUUUAUGCAACUAGCCCAAAAAGAAAAUAAUAAAUCAAUACUAAGGCAAUAGGCUUGGACUUGAAUAGAUGGUAGUGGCCUUAUUUUUAUACUUAUUUUUUUUUUUAAAAAAAAAAGUUUAAAAAAUAUAUUAAUAUAUGUUGGUCGACCAGUUUUUCAAAAUUUUUAUAUAAAAACCGAAAACUGACCGACCUCAAUUUGACUAGUUUCGAUCGAUCGAAUCUGUUUUCAGUACCUUUAUACUCACCCCUAAUGAAAACUACUAAAUCUAAUAUUUUGAAAAAACCAAAUGGAAACUAUUACUAUAUCCAAAACCACCUAGAACCAAAUAGUAAUUCUCUUUUUCUUUGAACAACUCUAGUCUCUAAUCGAAUAUUUAACCCAUUCCUUCACAUGAGUAACUCACUCAAUUAUUUAUCCUAAAAAUAAAAAAUGAUAAUAAUAUUUUUUUUAAAAAAAACCUCAUUUAUUUCUCAAUUCAUUCUCUACCUCCCGUUAUAUUUCAACGUUCGGUGUUGCCAUUUUCACUAAAACCCGAACUGCAUACUUGUGCUUCACAUUCCCAUUUUCUCCAUUCCCACACAAAUAUUUCCUCCAUAACCAAUGGAGUCUAAUCCCAAGCUUAGCCAAAGGCAUGGCAACACUCUCCUCCAUUUCAUUCUCAUUCUCCUUAUUUCCAUGGAAACUUAUAUUUUCUUAAGGGGAUGGAAUCCCCUUUUCUCUAUCUUCCUCCUCCUGUCUUCUUAUGCCAUCUUCAGGUACAUCAUUAAACUUCCCAUUCUCAAUAAUGCUCCUCGUCCUGUUUAUUUAGUUGACUUCUCAUGCCUCAGACCACCAAGCUUCUGCAGGGUUCCCUUCUCUUUUUUCCUUGAAAAUGCAACAUUGAUCGAUAUUUUUGACAAUGAGAGCCUCAAUUUCAUGUCCAAAACUCUCAAAUCUUCUGGACAGAGUGAACAAACAUGCCUCCCUCCAGCCCUGCAUUUCAUUCCACCCAAAACCCAUCAACAGGAAUCCAUUAAUGAAGUUCAUAUGGUACUGUUUCCUGUCAUGGAUGAUCUUUUAACCAAAACCCAUCUCUCUCCUCAUGACAUUGAUAUCCUUAUCGUUAAUUGCAGUGGCUUUUGCCCUUCUCCUUCUCUGUCAUCCAUCGUCAUCAACAAAUAUUCCAUGAGAAGUGACAUUAAAAGCUAUAACCUCUCUGGAAUGGGGUGCAGUGCAAGUGCUAUAGCCAUUCAUUUAGCUGAAAAUCUUCUUCAAGUUCACGAAAACUCAAAUGCGGUUAUACUUAGUACAGAAAUUUUAUCAAACGGUUGGUAUGCAGGAAAGGAACACUCCAGACUAAUCCUUAAUUGCUACUUCCGUAUGGGCAGUGCGGCUAUUUUGCUCACCAAUAGAAAAGAAGCGAAAGAUUCUUCAAAAUAUAAACUGUUUAAAACCCUUAGAACACAGACAUCCUUCGAUGAUAGAAGUUACCUUUCAGCCAUGCGCGAAGAGGACAUGGAAGGAAAACUUGGCGUCUCUGUCACAAAAGAUACUCUUCAAGUUUUCCCCGAAACACUCCGAAUAAACAUAACCCUUCUUGGAUCUUCAAUUUUGCCGCUGUCGGAGAAACUACGGCACGUCGUUUCGAAGCUACGAAAGCGAUUCGUGGACAAGUCCCAAGAAAUUUACAUACCCAAUUUCAAGAGUGUGAUUGGGCAUUUCUGCUUGCCGGUAUCGGGAGCUGCGGUGAUAAGGGCGAUCGGAAAAGUGCUGAAACUUAACGAUAAGGAGGUGGAGGCGGCAUUGAUGACCCUGCAUAGAUUUGGGAACCAGUCAUCUUCUGCGCUGUGGUAUGAACUUGCUUAUUUGGAAGCUAAAGAAAGAGUUGAAAAAGGAGAUAAAGUUUGGCAAAUUGGAAUGGGCACUGGGCCCAAAUGUGUUAGUUUGAUUUGGGAGUGUAUUCGGCCCAUUCUAGGAGAGUCCAACAACGAUCCAUGGGCCGAUGUGAUCAAUCGGUAUCCCAUCUUAGGCCCAUCAACUUAGAUCUUUUUAAUUGUUUCAGAUCUAAUGGCAUUGUUAAUCUACUUUUAUCUUCUUUUUUUUUUUCCUUUUAAAUUAAGAAAAAUAGCUUAAAAUACUUGAAGGGUGAAUUCUGCACA